UAACCAUUCAUAGAUCCAUAAUAUUGCGUAGUUAUUAAUUACUAUUAACAAUAUUCCACUUUAAAAAUUCAUAAACUAGCAGACAAAUUUUGAAUCCGUGAAAUAAAAAAUGGCCACAGAGCGAGUGUCAGUUUUAAGAUAACCUAAAAAUAUACUAUAUAUUUUUAAAGAGAAUUUUCUUUACAAAUAGUAUCUAGUUUAAAAUGAUGAUAAAGAAAAUUAUAAAUAGCGCAUGUUUCCGGAAAAGUUUAAGAUUUGAGAAAUCUUUUAAGGAAAUAGGAAGGAGAAAUUAUAGCAAGGAACAAAAAAUUUCUUACCCCAAGAGAAUAUUUUCUGGGAUUCAGCCAACAGGAAACGUGCAUUUAGGGAAUUAUUUAGGAGCGAUUCAGAAUUGGAUCGAUUUACAAAAUUCAGGGGAAGAUGUAAUUUGGAGUAUUGUCGACAUGCACUCGAUUACUUUACCACAAGAUCCGAAGGAAUUGAAAAGAAGUAUUUUUUCGAUGGUUGCAACUUUAUUGGCUUGUGGUGUUGACCCUAAAAAAAGUAUAUUAUUUCAACAAUCCACGGUUCCAAUGCACGCAGAAUUAUGUUGGAUUCUUGGAUCAAUCACAACAAUUCCGAGACUUGGUCGCUUGCCUCAAUAUAAAGAAAAAAGUGCAACAGUCAAAGACGUUCCUCUCGCUUUAUUUAUUUACCCAGUAUUGCAAGCUGCUGAUAUUUUAAUUUACAAAGCAACACACGUGCCGGUUGGAGAAGAUCAAGUCCAGCAUUUAGAAUUGUGUCAGGAUUUAGCCCGAAAAUUUAAUAGUACUUUUGGGGAAACUUUUCCAGUACCAACGACUAUUAUCAGCAAUGACGCGAAACGGAUAAAAUCUUUACGUGAUCCAAAUAGUAAAAUGUCAAAAUCUUGUCCGGAUUCUAAAAGCAGAUUAGAUUUAAUCGACGAGCCGAAAGUUUUGUUGAAUAAAGUGAAAAAGUCGGUGACGGAUUUUACAUCCGAAGUUACUUACGAUCCGAAAAAUAGGCCAGGAGUUGCGAAUUUGGUCAAAAUUCAUUCUCUCCUCACCGGAAAAUCCCCGGAGAAAAUUUGCGAGGAAGCCCAAGGAAUUGAUACUGGAAGAUACAAACUCGUCCUCGCAGAUGUCGUAAUCGAAAAAUUGAAUCCGAUUCGAGAGCGAAUUCUGCAAUUACUUUCCGAGAAACAAUACUUGGAGCAGAUUUUAAAAGAAGGUGCCGAAAAAGCGACGGCGAUCGCAACCCCGAAUUUGUUUGAAAUUCGGGAGAAAAUUGGUUUCGGGAAUGAGAACUUAAUUCUAGAAAUGCCAAGGAGGUUGAGAGAAAAAAGGGCCUGAAAAUAUCUCAAGACUAUUAGUUACAACUUUAAUUUUAGGUGUAAAAAAUAACGAUACUUUGUACAAAGCCUUAUUUAAAUAUACUUUAGUGUUUUUAAUUCA